AAAAUAGAUGGCAAUAGUAUAACGUGAGCCCCUCUCUGAUUCACUCUGAUCAUGUGAAAAAGGCCGUUGACCGCCGUUGACGUAUUUAUAAUGAAUUUUGAAACAGUCAAAUAAUAAGAACAAUAAAGAAACUUAAAUUAAAUUAAAUUAAUUAAAAAAAUUAUUUUUAUAUAUAAUUACAACAUUGCAAGAUAAAAAAGAAAAAUUAAAUUUAUAAUUAUUACAAUAUUAACAUAACCAAAGUCAUGAUUCUGAUGACUUAAUCUAAUCCGGAGUUGUAUGACUUUCGCGCUAUUUCUCUGUCGUGUUUCUCUCUAGUUCUGUGUUUGAUUUUUGUAUUGAAACAGAUUAUAUAUUUUUAUAAUAUUGAUAUGUACAAUAAUGUAUAGUGUUAUUUUCACAUGAUAAAUCGAACGGACAACAUCUGUAAUAACUAGCAAAUCUUGAGAUUGCACGUGUAUAAUCUUCGUAUAUUCGUGUUGAUAACGUUAAAAUGAGUGAAAUUUCGAAUUUGCUUGACUUAUUACCAGUUUAUUAUUCAAGACUGUUUCCUUUUGCCGACUAUUAUAGAUGGCUGAGUUAUGGAAAUGUUACUACUUUUAACAGGAGGGAAUUCUCGUUCACCCUCUCGGACGAUAUUUAUAUACGUUACCAGUCUUUCAAUGAUCAGAAGGGACUGUCGGAUGAAAUCAAGAGACUAUUGCCACAUAAAAUAGACAUAGGAGCAGUUUAUAACACUCAACCAAAAGAUCAAAGAAGAGGUCCUAAUUUUCAUCCAGUUGAGAGAGAAUUGGUGUUUGAUAUAGACAUGACUGAUUACGAUGAAGUAAGAACAUGUUGCAAAGGGGCAGACAUUUGUGGUAAAUGUUGGAAGUUUAUGUCACUUGCCUGCAAGAUACUAGACAGUGCGCUGAGAUUGGAUUUUGGAUACAAACACAUUUUGUGGGUAUUCUCUGGCAGAAGAGGUAUUCAUUGCUGGGUAUGUGACUCCACAGCACGCGCUUUGCAGGCGCAAGUACGGGCGGCGGUCGCUGAAUAUUUACAGAUUAUAGGUGGAGGUGAAUUUAUGAAGAAGAAAGUACAUCUCGCGAGCGAUAAAAUUCACCAUUCUGUCAAGCGUGCUCUCGAUAUAAUCGAUCCUAUUUUCAUUGAAAUGUGUGUCAAAGAGCAAAAUAUGUUGGGCACGGAAGAAGCAAUCGAAAAGUUUCUUCUAAUACUGCCUAAUGAUGAAGAUAGACAAGAAGUAAAGGCGUUAUUCAACAAGGAAAGUACCAGUGAAGCGAGGUGGAACGUAUUUAUACAAUAUAUCGACUCUAAACGAACAGGGGGGGACCGAAAAUGGUAUUUGUAUCGUCACCUAAUUGAAGAGAUAAAAUUACAAUAUUCAUAUCCAAGAUUAGACAUAAAUGUCAGCAAAGGCUUAAAUCACUUGUUGAAAUCUCCAUUUUGCGUCCAUCCGAAAACUGGCAAAAUUUGUAUUCCGUUCACUGCGAGUGCAGUGGACAAAUUCGAUCUUGACAAGGUCCCUACGAUAAUGACGCUGAUAGAGGAGAUCAAUGCGUACGAUGUGAAAGACAAGGCUGAAGAAGAAACGUACGAUUUAAACAAAAAGCGCAUUAAAGAUUACAAAAAAACAAGCUUGAACAAGUCUCUGCAUGUUUUCCAAGAAUUCUUACGACACUUGGAAGCUGAGCGACGGGAACAGAGAUUAAAAGGAAAAAUUUCAGCUGACAGUAUGGAAUUUUAAGAGAUCUUACAAUAAUAAAUUUUUUUCUAAUUGCAGUUAUAUUCUAAAUAAUGUUUUAUUGUAAUUUUAUUUAAAUUUAAAGAAAUAAUUAUUAAGUAAAUAGAUAUUUAUAAUAAAUAAUUAUGUUUAAAAUAAUGAGUACUUUGUAUAAAUAAAAAGAAGACACUUUUUAUCUUCAAAUCCAGUGAUCUCUUAAUUUUACAUGUCAUAUAGUUUCUUAUUAUAUAAGCUGCUAAAUGGUACUAUUAUAGUGGAGGAGGAAGGUAGGGCAAAAGGAGUUACGUUGAUGAUUGAAAUCUCAAUAGCGAUCAAAAAUCGUGACUUUCGAAUUUUUCCCGCAAAACCGAAACGUUCGCUUUUAAAAGUUUGCUUUGAUGAUCGCGUUAACAAGAUUUCUCUUCGAUCGUGAGACGUCUACUCCACUUCUUCGGAUCAACUAGAUGAAAUUUCGGCCGCGCGCGCGCUUGGACAAAGUAACUCGCUCUUUCAUGUGAACCAUCGUGAAAUUUCUUUGGCUCCUUGCGUUCCCGUUAAAUCGGUUGCAUGGACUAUGUUAAUUAGUUAAUAUAAGCCACGUUAAUUGUGCCUCGACCUGCCUCGUUCUCACGCAGGCAUAUUUAGCCGUACCGUACUUUCAAUUGUGUCAAGAUUAUGGGCCGUAUAAUUUUAUCGUACGGCAUACGGAAUGUUGAAGAGAGGAAUGAGGAAAUAGUAGAAUCCUUAUCUUCUCGUCUUCUUUCGCUUUUCAUCGUCGAGAAUUAAAGAUAGUUAAAAGCAAAAUCGGUGUUAUAUUUCAUAAUGUAUAAAUAAUAACCUCAAUUUAUUAUCUAUUGAUAAUAUGUGAUUAUUUCUAUUACUGUUGCAAUUACAAUUUUAUUAUUAUUUGUAUAAUGUGCAGAAAAGCAAACAAGUCAUUCCCGUGUGGAAAUUCAUCUAGGCAUGCCCUAUUUAAUAUUGGUCCCAUACGGGCGUUACUUAGGCAUCCAAAAUAAAGGCUUUUCGGACUGAAAUCUAUUCAGGGCCUAUUUAGGAUAUUUGAACUUGGGCUUGCCUGAAUUGGGCCUGGUUUAAAUUUACAACUUUUUCCCCAAGACUCACAGUUAGGUUUGCCCGGUUACAGCCCGUAUAGGACCUAGUUUGAAUUAGAUGUUUGCUCCAAAACAGUUAUAUUUAGGUUUGCCUAGUUAUAGCUUUUUUUCUCAAUUUUUAUAUUUUAAUUAUUUUAAUAUAUUAAUUGUAUUAGACCUAAAUAUUUCAAAGUACCGUUUUCCAUGUCUGAUAAACUGAAGUAAUUAGCUAAUACAUUAUUUAUAAAAUCUAUUAUUUUAUUGAGUUUGUUGUCUUCCAUGUUUGGCUUUUAAAUAGAUUGUAAAGAAAAACAAAAGUUUUAAAUAGAAUAUUAAUUGCAAAUAACCGAUAUCAGACUCGUAAUAUGUUUUUGUAAGAUUAAAAAAAAAUACCAUUUCUGUAUUACAAAUACUGACACCUAUUUCGAUUGAUUAAACGAUACGAUUAUAUGUAUAAUACAUAAUGCAUAAAAUAUAAUAAAUAAUUGAUAUAUUUUAAAA